AUGGAUUUCGUCGAAAUAAACGAUGAAAUUUCAAAUCAACCAGAAGAAGAUGAACAGAAUUUUGAUAUUUCCAAAAGUUUUCGAGAAAAUCUCUCAUUCUUAUUAUCCUCUGAAUUUCCGGAUCAAAUGGAAAAACGAAAUGAGAAUUCAGUGUUUUUGAGACCGAUUUGUAUUGAUGCUAUUGAUGUUAGUUGUAGGUAGGAAUCUUGAUUAAUUUUUUAAUUAAUCAAUCAAUUUAUUAAACUCUUAAAUUAAAGGUUUAAUCGGCGAGUUCGAAAAAAUCUCGAUGUUCUUCCAAGCGAUCAGAAUCUAUUGAAUGUUCGUGCAAUUACGAUAACUCUUUGGUAUUUUAUAUCUCGUGGACAUACAGCUCUCGCAUUUUUGCCUUCAACACUUCGAGAAUAUGCUGUCAAGUGUACUGAUCCACAUGAAUUAUUUUUGUUAGCAAAGAUGGAUUUGAUCACUUUUGAGAAUAGUGAGACAGUUUUCCACGUCAUAGUAAUCAAAUUUCAAAACAUCUAUUUUCAGAAGUUUCGAUAACUCCAAUAGAAUUUUCAAAAUCAAUCGCAAGUUGUGCUGAAACAAGUAAUGGAAUAAUUGUUGGAAGUCGCAAAAAAUACGCGUCUCUAACUAAAAAAUUUCCGAUCUUGAUCAAUCUGCUCACAAAUUCAUUUUUCCGCGCCUCAUUUUCGAAAAAUGUGAAAGAAUUCAAAAAAUCGAAAUCGACUAAUAUUCGAAUGAUUUUAGAAUUGGAUGAGAUUCCCGGAAAUGAUUCGAUCGCUUUUCAAUUGCCAGCUAUUGAUCAAUUAUUUGUGAUGAAUAAAAUAUCGAAAUUGAUUGGAGAUGGUGAGAAUUUUGACAAUUUGAUGCUCUAGGAGAGGAUACUUGUCAAAGUGAAAGUGAACUGGGCUCUCUAGAACUUCUGACCUGUGAAUUUUCUAGGCUCGGCUACUUGACACUUAGGUUCUCUAGGUACAGCUGCUUGAUAGAAUGCAUCUUUAGACGCCGGCCUAAACAGCUUCUUUAGGCGUGGAUAAUCUAGGUGCAAAAUUCUUAUUUUUCCAGAAAAAAUGCUGAAACACUGCUCAUCGCUACGAAUAAAUCUUGAACAAAUCUGUUCAGAAUCCACCAAAGUUCUAAAAACCAAAAAAUCAUUACCAUCAAAAUUAAUGCAUAAAAGUACAAUUCAAUCAAAUAUCUAUAAUCACAAUGAUCCAUAUUUACCCGAAUAUGUUGCACCGCCACCGCCGAAAAUACUAGAUUUAAAAAAGAAGAGUCGAAUUGGACACAAGAAUUCGAUUUAUCGAGUUGGUGGAGAAAUAAAAAUUGAGAAUCAGGAAAUAUCAUUGAAAGGACCAUUGAUUGAAGCAUUGACUGCGAUUUUUGGAGCGGAAAAAGCGGUGAAACUUGUUGAAGAUAAUCCGAAUAUUGAUGAUAUUAAUGAGUUAGUUGAACUUGCUUGGUGAAAAUGAUUUUUGUUUUGUUAUGAAUUUUAUUUAUUAAUGAAAAUUAUAUUUGAAAAUCUUGUUCUCCACAAUUAUCUCAAACAGUUCUAGAACUUCGUUGAAAAAAUUCAACGAAAAACAAAAUAUCGGUUUUUGUUGAAAAAAUUCAACGAAAAACAAAAUAUCUGUUUCUGUUGAAAAUUUUUUUCAAUGAAGCUCAAAUUUCACCUGUUAGGUUUGCCCCCCCUCCCUCCCCUAACCUCAAAAUAAACUAACUUGACUGGCCCGUUCCGUGAAAAUUUGUUGAUCUCUUCGAAUGUCCUGUCCAAACGAAAUAUCUUCUUGUUCGGAAGUCUGAAACUUCUACAUUCUUUUUCUCAAAAUUUUUGCCUAUUCUUAAACUUACAUCAGAAAAUGAAAAUUGUUGAUUUCAUGGGACCGCUGCAUUCUGUGACUGUUGUCUCUAAAAAAAUAAGAAAAUUAAAAAAUGUACCAAAUCACUCCAUUAAUAACUUUUUCUACAAAAAAUAAAAAUGUCGUGCAACAAAAUAAAAAGAAAACCAACGAUACUCCGCGUGCACGUUGUUUAGUUUAUUUUUUUUGUUUUUUUGCAGGGUAGAUGAGAGAGUGUGGGAAAUGGAGAGAGAGUUAGAGAGAGAGAGAGAUAUAUAUAUAUAUAUAUGUUUUUUAUUUGAAAAGAAAUUAUUUAUUGAACGUUUUUUUUUGAACUGAAUCAUUUUUCUGGUUUUUUCAGAGCAGAAAAUGUUAUUAAUGGAGUGAUUUGGUACAUUUUUUUUAUUUUCUUAUUUUUUCAGAGACAACAGUCACAGAAUGCAGCCGUCCCAUAAAAUCAACAAUUGUCAUUUUCUGAUGUAAGUUUAAGAAUAGACGAAAAUUUUGAGAAAAAGAAUGUCAAAGUUUCAGGCUUCCGAACAAGAAGAUGUUUCGUUUCGACAGGAUAUUCAAAGGAUUCAACAACUUUUCGGAACGGGCCAGUCAAGUUAGUUUAUUUUGA